AUGGUCGACACCGGCCCCAGAAAGGGAUCUCUCAAUUUCCUCAACCCUUUCCAGUCGAACCCCAACAGUCGAUCUAGUUCAAGGGCACCCUCUCUAUCUGAUCUUUCCGUUCAAGAUGUCAGCCCAGAUCCAAAAUCUCCCCCUAGAACUCGGCUCAGGAAGAUCUCUACUCCGAACAGCUCCACAUCGAGUCUGAAGAAGCGCGGCCUAGAGCAGUCUCGAUCACGCAACUCCUCGUUUCCAGCAAUAGAUGUUGCGGACGAAUGGGACAGAGACGCGCAGACCGGUGAGCGAAAGGACUAUACUGACUUGCUUCACGGUCUAGUUCAUCGGGAAUCUGCUGAAUCACUUGCGGAAAGGGCUCAACGAGUGUGGGAUGGAAUCCCUCCUAAGCCAGCCUCGGAACUCUUGUCAAGAUUUCCACAACACCUUUGGAAUCGAAUUAUAGAAAACCUCGGACCGGCAGAUACAGCAAGUCUAGCUCUCUCGUGCAAAUCUUUUCGAGAUUUGGUGGGAACGGAUGUCUGGACCAACCUCAACGCGGAUGAAAAUCACGAUAUCAAAACCGACUUUCUUGGGCGACUGGAUGGUGACCUUCCAAAUCACCUCCUCUGCUUCCCUUGCGCAAUCUACCAUGUUAGGACUCAAAAGGGGAAAGAAGAUUUGCGACCGACCAACAUCUCGAAUCCCAUUUUUAAUUGCCCCAACGCCUUUAACGUUGUGAAGAAAGUUUCGCGAACGAGGCUCACAGUCGGUCGGUCACUACCGUUUCCCUUUGUCCAACUUAUUCUCAGAGCGCAUAAACAUACUCCCGAACACGGCAUUCCCCUUGAUUCCGUGUCCCGUCGAUGGAAGGACCGAGACGGAGAAUGGUCUCAUCAGACUCGCUAUGCUGUUGUCAAUGGGCAUCUUCUGGUCCGGGUAACCAGCUCAGCCUUUGCAGCACCUGCUCUUCCUCCUGCGGGAUUGCGCAAGCUUCUUUAUUCGCACAACGAUAAUUUCAAUCCCUUCUUCUCGGUUUGCUCACACUGGAGAGAUGGUGAGCUCAUGCAGUCGGUCAAAUGCGCCCUCAGUCAUAUUCCAAAGCCACCAGAGGGAAGUGGGAGAGCAGGCACUGCCGCAAAUGUGAAAUACCGGAUGAACCGACCUAGCCCUCUCAUCACACUUUGUUCAGCAUGUCGACCAAUGCGACGGUGUCCAGAAUGCGCUUCGGAGUAUCUCAUUGAGUUGAGGGUGCAGGAAGACAAAAAUGAUCCUUCAAUGCUGUUUAAGCAUGCGAUCGUGAUCACCCGAUGGAGUGACCUCGGAGAUGGCUCCUCUCCCCGAAGUCCCGAAUGGGCCGCCUGCAACGGGGAAGCAGAAUACGACUCAUUCGCUGCUCUAGGGAGACGUGCCAUCUCUGGAAUUUUUGAAUCACAAUUCACUAUUGACCAGAUACCCGGCCAGCGAAUCAUCUCCAUGAAUCCUAGCAAGGAAAAGAAAGGCGAAGCAGGACACAAUUGGUAUUGA